AUGCUUAGCAGAAAUCGUGUUAGGCUUUGGCCUCUUGCCUUCAUCGCACUUCUGAACCUCGAGCUCACCUUCGCUGCUAGAUCCCUUACUGGAACUAGCGCCGGAGGUGGCGGAGGCAGGGGUGGAGGAGGUGAAACUGGUCGUGCGUCCGGAUAUGGAUCUGGGUAUGGCUCUGGACAUUGUGAGGGUGCCGGUGGGGGGAGUGCUGGAGGGUACGGAAAAGGAGGAGGCGGUGGCGGAGCUGGUCAUGGGUCCGGAUAUGGAUCUGGGUAUGGCUCUGGUUAUGAUGAGGGUGCCGGUGGGGGCAGUGAUGGAGGGUACGGAAAAGGAUGCGGCGGUGAUGGAGAAGGGGGCGGUGAAGGUUCUGGUUAUGGAUCCGGUUAUGGUGAGGGUGCCGGUGGAGGGAGUGCCGGAGGGUACGACAGAGGAGGAGGAGGAGAUGGCGGUGGCGGGGGAGAAGGGGGAGGUCACGGCUCUAGCUUUGGUUAUGGGCGUGGGUAUGCCUCCGGUUAUGGUGAGGGUGCUGGUGCCGGGAACGCUGGAGGAUACGGCAAGGACGGCGGAGGCGGCGGUGGUGGCGGCGAGAAAAUAUUGUGA